UCCGAUGGGCAUGCACUGCCAGAGUCAUCAGAGGAGUGUACAAUCUGGCAGGGUUUUUUUCAUUCUCUUUGACUUUACUACUACUACUAGUUCAAAGUAGAUUAUGAGCAAAAUGGAAUGUGAGAAACAUUGCAACAACUGAUUUCGUUACUGAGCCUGGGACUAAUCUUAGUAGACGUUAUUUGGCCGGCCACAUCCGAACGCACAGAGAGACAUUUAACUUAGACUGGAAAACAUCAGUGCCCACCCUAAGAAAAGAAAUGGAGAAGUUGUACCAUGAAACAAACAAGCUGCUUCAUGAGGUGCAGAAUGGCCUAUCUCGAGUUGAGCAGGCUUCCCAAGAGAAAAAGUACUUGGCAGAGAAUGAAGUGCAAGCAAUGAUCGACCAAAUUGUUAGUAACUUGGAGAGACUUGACAUCCUUGUCAACAAAGAACCGGCCACACGGAAACAGAAUGCCAGACUACGAUUAGAGCAGUUGAAGUAUGACUGUCAACAUCUGCAAGCAGCAUUGAGAAACAUCCAGCACCGCCGAUACAUGCACGAACAGGAGUUGAAGGACAGAGACGAACUACUCACAAGACGAUUUGUAGCCAAUGAUGACAAUACUUCAGUUCUGAUCGACCAAGAGCUAAGUCAUAAUUCAUCGCUUCAUGAUGCCCAUCGAGGAAUGGACGAUUUAAUUGGGGCAGGUGCGGCUACUAUCGAGAACCUACGAAAUCAAAGGGGACUCUUAAAGGGCACCCAAAGGAAAAUCCUCGAUGUAGCCAAUGUUUUGGGACUGAGUAAUACCGUCAUGCGACUCAUUGAGAAGAGGACUGCACAGGACAAGUGGAUUCUCUUUGGAGGCAUGUUUGUCACAUGCGUGGUGAUGUACCUGUGUUAUGCAUAUCUCACGUAGUAUCAGGAUUGCAGAUGAACAUUGUGCUCAGUUACAUUUUAAGAGGAUGAGAUAAGGGUCGACAUCAAACAUAUGGACCAUUCACGUGUACUGUAUUUAUCUGUACAAAUGUGCUCUGCCAAAUUUUGUACUAUAAAUUCAUUCUGAUCGUACUGGUGUGACAGCUCACAAUUGAUUUUGUUCAAUCAUUUUGUGUGAGCAGUUUUGUGUAUGGUGUGUCACCCUCUUGCAUACAUGUAUCUACUAUCGUACUGCUCAAGCAAGAACCUUGUUUGAAGAAACUUGGUUUAUAUUUUGGUACAUGCUUUUAAUUGCUGUACUUUAUGUGCUUUAGUCCUAUUUGUAGCUCAAAACCUACCCAUGCCCAGGUUGUUCAGGAUACUUUUGGCUUUGUGCUAUUUUUCUUCGAACUUGUCACUUUUAUUUGGAAACUUGUUCAUCAGUUUAUACUUAUGCUUUCAAAUAAUUGCCAUAAUUAUUUUAGUGUUAAAUCAUUUCAUCCUUGAUAGAAACACUGCACACAGUUACAAAUGCUUUUGUGGAUUUGUGAUGUUUGUUGCUGAAUGAUAACCAAGAUUGGUUUAUUUAUCAUUUUCUUGAGAAACUAUUUUAUUUUUUUGGUUGGAAAUUAGGGAUGUCAUUUAUAAAAAAAAACAUAUAAAAAGUUUGCUUUUGGAUUUGUUCUCAGUUUUGUUUAUGAUAUUCUAUUAAUAUAUCAUAUCUGUUAAUGAAGCCCAAGGAAAAAGAAAUUACAGGUCAUGAAAAACACACAGGGAAACUGACUAGGUGCAUUAUACAUGUUCAUAAUAGUUGUAAGGUUGAACAAAGAAAUUGACUGGAGUGGGACUUUUGGUGGUGGGGGGGGGGGGAGGGGGGGGGAGGGCGCCUAAUCAUCCUUACUUGCAGCUGAAAAGCUAAAUUGCAAAGGACGUGGCUACAACGUGGUCGAGCAGAAGGCAUUUAAAGGCACCUUAGGCUGCCGCCAUACAAACCAUGUCUGACCACAGAGCACAGCUAGAUAUCGAAAGUGUUGAUAUUAGCACAGGGAUGAAAAGUGGAGAGCCCAGAGAAAAACUCUUGUGGCACAGGAGAGAAUCAAAGCACAACUCUACUUGCAUAUGGUCCGAGCCGGGAAUCGAGCCCGGGCCACAAUGGUGAGAGGCAAGUGCUUUACACACUAGCCGCCGAUGCCACCCUUGAACCUGCAACGUUGCAUUGUUGGUAUGGUAAUCCGGAGUCACAGGUUCAAAUCCAACUUCAGUCAGCUUUCUUUGUUAAACUUUAUAAAUAUUAACAUUUACAAAUGGUUACACUGCUAUAAAUGGGUUGCAUAAAGGUAGAGCACAGGUUCAGCAUUGAGAAGGUUGGAGGUUCUAAUUCACCUUAGUCAGUUUUCUUUGUUUAGCCAUUGAUCGAUUAAAAGUUUCCCCGUCAGGGUUACCCUUGUAAAGUUGAUAUUGAACAAUCAAAAGAUUUAAUAAGAAAUGUAUGAUUUUUUUUCAUCUAUACAUUACAUAUAUCAAACUAAUAAACUAACAACAAUUAUCAACAAAUUCUUUAUGUGAAACACCCUCCUGUUUUAAAAUCCAUCAGGGAUGACUACCAUUACAACUGGCACAUCGUAGUAAAGAAGAGUUGUUAUAUUACAUUGUAUAGUUAAACGAGACUUAAUUCCUAUGAUAAAUAAAUGCAUUGUAACAGUAAAACAAAUACAUUGUAAUUAUUCUGUUAUGUGUUAUGUUCCACGUUAUGUGUUAUGUUCCACGUACAUUGUACACCAAUUAAAUACUUUGAAUUGAUAGAAUUCUGUCAGAAGA